UUGUGAACGGAUAACGACUGUACGAGCCAUUUAUACGCAUUCGUGUGUUCGUUCGUUUUAUUCUUGAACAUAUCGUUGAAAUUCAAUCCGCGUGUUACAAACGAUUGAGCAUCAAAAUAACGAAAUAAAACAACCGAGUGAAAACAUCGGAGAAAAUCGUUUUAAAGUAUUUAGUCCAUGGUGAACGGAAAAAAAUUGGACAAAGAAAAAAAAGAAUCCCAUUACAGCGGUUGAAUGUAAAUUGGCUUUUAGAACAAAAGUAAAUAUUUUAAGUGAAUAUUAAAAAAAAGAUUGAAUGAAAUAAAAAAAACCGAUCCGAUUUUCCGUCAGCAGUCGCCGGAAGGGAUAAAAUACAAAUGUUUGAACAAUUGUAGUUGAUUUUCCUUCGUUUUUGGUGCAAACAAUAAAAUAAGAGGGUUUCAUUAAUUUCCAGCGCAAAAAAACGGUUUGCGUAAUGAAAUUCGAAAUUAUCCUCUUAAAUUGUGCGUAAAAAAUCGGUUUAAUUUGGAGUAAAUUCACACUUUUUGGCCAAAUUGUGAAACAUACACGAAACGAUGAGAAAAAACGGAGUGUGAGCAUUUUUUAUGCAUUGUCUAUCGCAGAAACUGGUGAUUUGACUCGCAAACAACCAGAGUUCAAGUGAAUUGUGACCAAGUGACUAAAUUGAAUACUAAAUACUAGUUUUCAUUCAACCAAAGGACUAUGGUCGCUCGAACCGCGAAUUUUGAUCGUCAAAAUGAACUUUGCAAAUAAAGGCGAUCGAUAAGCAAUUGACAAAAUAUCAAUGGUAAGAAAAUUGCUCAUUCGGCCGGAAUCACAAUAGAAAAAAACUAAUAGCUGAAUCCUUGAUAAGACAAAAAUGUGGAAAGACAAAGCAUUCGAUGGAUUUUGCUAAUGAGAUUAAACUGUAUUGAUUGCAAUAGUAAUUUUGGGCAUUCGUUUUCUAAAUUUGUUCAUUGAUUUUCAUGACGCACGAUGUGUUCCGAUAAAAAUGGAUUUGGAACAAGUUUUUCGAUUUUCAAAUGAACAUUGGCCUCUAUUAUAACGACGACCUUAUCUAUUUUGUUUUGGAGGUGCGGAAUUAGUUGAGCAAAAAUCAUUUGAAAACAAAGCACGACAGCGGUGAAUAUAUAGUAUAUUGAAUUCAUGUCGAGCAGAGAAUAACAAAUGAAGGGGGCAUCAUUGAGAGUCCUGAGCUGAGUCUAGAGAGAGAAGCUUUGCAUUAUACAGUUCGUGUUUUUGAAGUGUAUUUUACAUAAUAUUUGUUUAUUUUUUUGUUCUUGUGAUGACUAUAAUACGUUUGCCAUUGUUGGUUCAAUAAGAGAAAAAAGUGCCGAGCGAAAAAAAAUUGACAGAACAGAAAGCGAAGCAAACAAGUGUGACAAGCGCCUGUUUCCACAUAAUAUUGUCAGUGAAUGAACGCAAAAAUGGGACGCCUGCUGCUCUGUUCGCAAAUCCAACAGCAUCAAACUGAAGCGAAAAAAAAUCGCACACAGUGAAAAUACAUAAUUUUUAAUAUUGAAUAAAUCUGCAGACAUUUAGACGGAGAAAACAAAACAAGACCCUGUGUUCGUUUGGCGUCGCAUUUGUGAAUAGUCCAGAAAAAAUUGCGUUAUGUUUUCUUGUUGUUCUCGCAAAAUUUAACAAGGUCCAUAACAGAGCGGAAAAUAGACGAACAAAGGCAAAUUAUUUAAAUCAAACAACGAACAACUGUACAUUGUGUACGACGAGUCGAGUGCUACGGCAUGAACAAGCUUGAAGAAAAAAAAUACAUGAACAUAAUAAAAUGACUGUGAGCCAAACAAAAUCAUGUUCGCCGACUUAAAGAUAAGAGAAAAAAAAUGUUUUCGGCGUUGAUAAAGUGUGAAAGAAAAAACCGUUAAAUUUGUGUGUAUAAUUUUCUAUUGUCCGCCUGAAAAAACAGAAUACCAUUGUCAUGAAACAGCGAGAAUGAAAAAAGUAGACAGCGAACAUGCCCAAUUCCAAGAGAUUGAUGCAAAAAAUUGACUAAGAAAAUUUUAAACAAACGGGGGGAGUAUUCACAGUGAAACAUACAAUGGUGUCUCAUUACACACUGUUUUGAUGCUCUUCAAUGGUUAACAAGUUUACACCAAACCGAAAAUAUUUGACGAAGAAAAGCAAAUAAGUGAAAAGCAUAGUAGCUUCGCCGACCAUUAAACAUUCUCUGACAUUUGAAAUGAAUUUUUGGUGGAAAAAAUGUGUCAUUUGUCGUCGAAAGACGAUUUCAACAAAAUUAAAAUUGGAAAAUAAAUUGAAAAUAUGUUGAAAAGUGUAUAUGCCACCUUCGGUGUACCGUAAAAUCGAAUGGUUUUUUUUUAUCGAUUUUCGGUAUUAGUCACGAACAAAAAAGACGUUUUUUCUCAUCACAAUAAUCCCAAAAGACGUGUGUCGAGGGACUCUUUUGGCUAUCAUUCCAAAAUGUUUGAUUAUCAGUUUUGGGACUUUCAACCAGCCAAUACAGUGUAAAAAAAAGCCUUGAUGAACAAAACCGCAAAAAAACAGAAAUAAGAUUGACAAAAAGUGGUGGUUUCGAUACCUUGUUUAUGAGCAUUCAAAAUCGUCCGUGGGUCGACGAAAAAAAGACAACUCGAAUUGGUCAAAGCGCGAACGAUUGACGUCGGUCGUUUCUACAAAAACUCCUAUGAAAUGAACCUAUUCUAAAUUUGGAUAUAAUUUUUUGCGCUUAAUACGAAGUGUAUCAUUGUGCGUGUUCGGACGUCAAACAAAAAAAUCCAAACUUUUCUCGUGUUUGUCAAUACUUGGCGAUAAAAAAGAGAGAAAAACUAACAAGCGGAAAAGAAAAACCUACACACCUGCAAAGUAUUUCGGAUAUCACAAAAACUAAUAGUAGAUCAAGUGCAACAGAUACCGAUUACCAUCGAAAAUAAACAUCACAAAAGAGACUGUGUAUCAAGCAAAUCAAGACACACACAUUCAAGAAAAAGAACAUCGAAAUAAAGAAAAGCGAGAAAGAAAAGAAAAUAUCCGAAGCGAAAACUUCCGGAAAUCUUGAUUAUGUGCGUCUUCUAUGUACAAACGAAUGGAAACGAUUGCAAUGGUAGUGACUAUAUGGGUGAACAAGUGAAUUUUCGUGAUAGUUGAAUGAAAGGAAGAAGUUAUUUUUUUGGGUGCCACUUUACGACAUACAUCCACAUACAUAUUUCGUCGUUCGAUACGUGUGCGGUGACAUGUGCAAAUGUGUUUUUACUCUUGUUUUCUUCCGUUGCCAUUUGCCACAGUACUUUAAAUAUUUACACAAUUUUGUGUCGCACCAGCCGGGACUUCUGUGAAUUGAAUCGGAUACACAAGAACGACAACGAUGGUGUUUGUGUAAUGUGAAACUGGUUUAAAAACGUUAAAGUUGAACUGAAAGCACACAAAAGCAAAUAGACUGCAAUUUGAAAUAAAAAUACUUACAAAUCAAAUGUAAAAGAAAUGCGAGCACGUACUCUCCGACAAUGUGCUCACAUAAAAACGAUUGAAUGAGACGGAUUGAGAUAGUGAAAGAGAAACGAAGAGAUUUUGUUUUAAAAAAAGUGUACGACAACGACGGCAAACGUAAACAAUGUUAGCAGAAGUCGUUGCUUUUAUUCGCUUAAGCAUUAAAAGAACUUCAACAUCGAAAAGAUGCAAUGGUCGAUGGUAAAAACUAAGGAAUUGAAAAUUCAAUGUGCUUUCUACGUGUCUAGUUCAAUGAAUGUUGGAUUUUCGAAGUGCUCUGAUUCAAUUGAAUAACAACAACGCAUUCGUAUCUCGCUGGUUUGAUGCGAAUUGUUUGUUUAUAAUGAAAUGAAUGUGUUUAUCUAUGUAAUUCAGGCACGCACGCACUCGAUACUUGGCAAUCAAUGACAAUAUGAGAGUUACAUCAACGUAUAAUAUACAAUAGUACACUCAUGCAGCACAACCAGAAUUAAAUCAACUGUUUUGUUGAUGAUUCCAGUGAACAAAAAAAUAAUAAUAAUAAAUAACUGUUGAAAGAUAACACACACACUGCAUAGAAAACAGAAACAGCUGGUUAUAUAAAUGGAAUGGAUUACUUUCUUUGAAGCUCAAAGAUUUCUUGUAAACGAUACAGCUGUCUCUGGUUGGCAAAGGCAAUCUGCAAGACGACAGGUAGACUAUAAAAAAAUUUAAGUCAACUUUAUCUCAUACUUCAGUUCGACGCACCAAGUGCAUUAAAAGAAAAGAAUAAUCAGGACGAAGUGAAAAAUAUAAGGAAGUAUCCGGCAAAGUGAAAAAAAACGAAAUGUAAAAGAAAAGGAAGCAGCGUCUGCAAGUGAAACGAAAAUGGUAAGCGAAGCGAAAAUGAAAAGAGAAAUUAAACCGAAAAUUAAUGAAAAAGAAGUGCAAUGUUAGUAGAAAACAUGACCAAGCAUUGGUGACACUGUUUGUAAGACAUCACAGUAAAGCAUCCAAUUGAUAAGAAGAAAAAAUAGUGAAAAAUAAAAUAAAAGGUGAAUGUGAAAUAAAUUAGGUCUUUGUUUACUCGAAAACCAAGCGAUUCGUCUUACUAUCAACGCCAUUACAAAGUAUAUCAAUAGAAAACGAAAAGCAUGCACAACAAUGAACGAGGAAAAGACGUAAGCGAAACGGAAAUAACUUGAAGAUAGCAUUAGCUUUAAAUAAAAGCCAUUCCAGUUCUCUUGGUGAUUUACACCGAUACUGCAUCGGGUGUCGUCAUCGUCGCCAUUGUCGUAACAGUAUCAUCAAUGUGCCAAUGUUCUAUGUAAAUAUUCUGCAACGGCAACGAAAGAGAGACGCUUGUUCCUGGUUUACCGAAUCGAUUUUAUCAUCGUCUACAGACCCACAAUUUACAUAAGCAAAAACAAAAACAAAAGUACGACGAAAAUGUACAAAAAUGUGAGGUGUUUCAUAAAAAACAACUUUCGAAGAAAAACAAAGUGUUAAGGAAAAAGAAAGGGUGAUAAAACAAAUCUCUCUGUGUGUUAUUGGAAAAAAUUGAAAGACGAGCUCAUAUGCAAAUGUUACCAAAAUGAAUAUAUUUCUACGAACUUUAAGUGUAUGUGCUGUGUUAUUGAUGACGAUGCCGUCAUAUGCUCAGACCAGCGAUUGGCUGACGGAGUGUAGUGUAUGCAAAUGCAAAUGGAAUUCGGGUAAAAAGACGGCCGAUUGUAAGAAUACGGCAAUGACACGGGUGCCAACCGUAUUGAGUGUUGAAUUACAAGUGCUCGAUCUGUCCAAUAAUUUUAUACCGGAAAUCGUAUCAUCCGAAUUUGCAAUGGCCAAUUUACGAAAUUUACACAAGCUAUUUGUCCGAAAUGCCACACUAAAACAAAUCAAUCGAGACAGUUUAAAAGGUUUAGAAAUUUUAAUUGAAUUGGAUCUAUCAUAUAAUCUAUUAGAGGUGUUACCGCGUAGUGUAUUCAAUAAUUUAGUUAAAUUGCGAGCCCUCAUGCUCAACAAUAAUAAAUUAAAGCGUUUAGAGGACGGUCUAUUUCGUAAUUUAAAAUUUUUGCAUAAAAUCGAAUUGAAAGAUAAUCAUUUGAUGCAUAUUGAAACGAAAGCGUUUACAAAUUUACCACUUCUAACGCAAAUCUAUUUGGAUGGAAAUCAAUUGACCGUAUUGCGACGCGAAUGCUUUCAACAUUUGGAAAAAUUGACCGGUUUGUCAUUGAAACAAAAUCCAUGGAAUUGUACAUGUGAAUUGAAUCCAUUUCGAAGAUUUGCAAUUGACCAACGAUUGUAUACACCACCAACCGAUUGCUAUUAUCCGGAAAAUUUACGCGGCACACUAUGGACUGAUGUGCCACUCGAAGCGUUUGCAUGUCAACCGAAAAUUGUGUAUCCAUUAAUCGGCGACGCAACAAUUAGUUCGUUUAGUGAAAAUGCAACGAUAACGUGUCGAAUUCAGGCAUCACCAAACACUAUCAUUACAUGGACGUAUAAUAAACAUGCGCUAAACAAUUAUCCAAAGCGUAUAUUCAUAAAAAACCUAUCGGAAUCGUCGAGUGCUCAAGAUUCAAGUGAAAUUAUCACAUCCGAAUUGACAAUCAUCGGUGCACGUCGCACCGAUGAAGGUGUCUAUACGUGUGCCGCACAUAAUGUUGGCGGCAAAGUUGAUAUCGAUAUACAAUUGUUGGUGGGACGUGACGGUAACGGAAUGCUAUUUAUAACGAAUCAAAUGCUUUUUGUGUUGUGUUUAAUGGCCGUGGGUCUAUUAAUUGUCUCUUUGGUUAUUAUGAUCGUUACCUGUUGCUAUUGUCGCAAAUUCAAAAAUCUCAUUAAACAUGAUUUGGAUGAUGGCAUCAAUGGUAUCAGCAUUGGUGGCGAUGGUACGCUCAAUGCGACCAAUGGUAAAAAACAUUUUCAAGCGAUUAAAUUGAAUUCGUUUAAUAAUGCCACUAUGAUUGGGAACGGAAGCUGUAUUGUGGGCAAUACAAUGGUUAUUAGUGGCAUUGACGAUGAUACCGAUGCCAAUGUGAUAGCAAAUAAAAACGGUGGCAUCAAAAUUACCAACGACACUGAAAUCGACAAAUUUGCCGCUUCGAUUGAAUUCAAUCAUACAAACAUUAAAUCGGACACAAUACGAGCCGAUACACACAAUUCAGCUAAAUCACACAUCAGUCAAACGGAGAAAAAAUUGGAUACAUCAGAUGUUCGAUUGCAUCAGAUUGUGUCAACGUCAAGCGGUGUCAUUGGAUCACCGACGAGUCGUCAAAUGUUUGCGUCCGCCAAUGAACAAUCGCACCAUCAUCAAUACCAAACCAUGCAACGGCAUCACACAGACUCACGUCUUCCACCCGAUCUCCUACCAUAUGGCCAACAUCAAUCACUAGUUUUACAAAGUAGUUUAAAGAACAGUAGCAGCAGUAGCACGGGUAGCAGUACAUCGACAGCAAUCUUGGACCAUCGAAUUCAAACACAUAGUGGAAAUAAUAAUAACAACAACAGCAUCAGCAGCGGUGGAAGCAGCAAUCGUUAUGCUUUCGCAUACACCGACGAUAGACUGAGCGAACAUUUAGAUGACGAUGAUGAUGAAAGUGAUAUGCAGCUAUUUGUACGUCAUACGCCGAUCGAAGAGCCCGACCUACGAAUUUAUCAUAACGAUAAUGUCAUGACAAAAACAAGCAAAUCAUAUGCAAAAUUAAAUUCACCAUCACCAACAACAACAGCAACGGCCAUUGCAUCAAAUAAACUAACACCAUCAAAUCCACAUCGAACCACAAAUAUUUAUGAAUUGACACCAGCAUCGGCCAUUCUAAAUACAAACUACAGCGGUGGCAAACAUUUUACCAAAACAAAUUCAUCGAAAAUGACAUCAACACUACAAAUGAAUCCCGUCACCAAAGUUAUGGAAAAUGAUGGCGGCAUGAAUUGUAAACCACGACAAUCAGUCGUACGAACAUCACCAUCAUUUAGUUUUCUAUCGGCGGGAUACAAUCAACAGCAAGACAAUUUUCUAUGAUGCUUCGGCCAAUUGUCCAUUUUUUAAAAUGAAAUUCAUCUUCUUUCUUCUCAACAUGAACAAUUAUUAUUAUUGAUUUUGUAACAAAUAUUUUAUU